AUAUUAUUAAUUUGUGAACUAAAUAAGUAGAUUUCUAAAUUCAAAAAACUUUUUAGUGCUCAACCUCUAGACCCACCGGGCAGUUCGUUCUGUCAUUUAGUUAGUAGAUUCAACAUGCUUCUGCUAUUUGUAAUAUGUAUGAUGGGAGAGACAUUUGCUUCGAAUGCUACAUUGAAACCAUGCGAACAAGCGCCCCCCCACGCGCAGCCUGCAGACUCACUGUACAAGUUAGGCGUAGCUGGCGAUCCUGAUUUAUUCUUACCAGGAGAACUUUAUACGGUGUCUCUGCAAGGCGUAGAUAGCGGUAAAGGUCCUACGCCUUUCGUGGGCUUUAUGAUAUGGGCCGAAGUUGUGGAAGACUCGCAAAAUGAUAGUACAAAUGGUACCAAUAGUAGCAAAGUAAACAGUUUGUCAUUUGGAGCGUUUCAAGCUUUUGAUGCGCAGACUAAAUCAUUUGAAGAAUGUAAUCCAGCGGUCGACAACGCGACGGCACAUCCAAAAACCGAAGUUCAAGUGAUUUGGAGCGCACCAUCUAUCGUAUCUGAGUCGUGCGUGCGAUUGUGUGCUCGAGCCUCUCAUGCAGAAGGAUCUAAAACUUCCAUAUUGGCAAGGAAGAUUUGUCCUGCUCCAACAGGAUCCGCAAGUCUCAGCCGUCAGCCGCCAAUCAUUGAGCCUUGUUGUGCAUGUGAUGAGGCUAAAUAUGAAAUUACAUUUGAAGGUCUUUGGAGUCGUAACACUCAUCCACGUGAGUUUCCUCCGGAGAGUGCGCGUGCCCAUUUCGGUGACGUCAUUGGUGCAUCUCAUACGGCACAGUACCGAGUGUGGCAGGAAGGUAGAGUUGCAAGUACUGGUGUGCGACGUUUAGCUGACGAUGGUACUACUAUCGCGCUUGAGAAAGAACUUAAGGCUGAAAGUGAUCACAUUCGCACGAUAAUUAAAGCUCGCGGAAUUUCAUGGCAGCAAGUUGCAAGUGGUGGUAUUCCCACUACUUUUGCAGUAUUUCGAGUGGACGCUAAGCACCAUCUUAUUUCUUUGGCUGCAAAAUUAGCACCAUCUCCAGACUGGAUUGUCGGCAUUUCGGCUUUAGAACUGUGUAAUGCAAACUGCACUUGGCGAAGAUCAGCUACUCUACCACUUUAUCCAUACGACGCUGGAACUGAUAACGGAAUCAAUUAUACGUCUCGUCGUAGUCCAACAAUCCCACCCACUCCAGUAAGAGCUAUUCGACCCGAUUGGCCUCGCGAUGCGCGAUCUCCUUUCUUUAGUUCUACUGGCGAGAUGCGUCCAUUUGCUCGACUCAGAUUAACCAGGUUACGACUUUACGAAAAAAGCUGUGAAGUUGUAGAAUCCGGUGGUCUGCAAUCUACCGACGGCGUAGUGAGUGGUCCAGGUGGCUCAUGCGCCACUCACGCGUGGGGCCUAUGGGGGCCCUGCAGUGUGACUUGCGGGUCAGGACAGGCCGCUCGUCAGCGACACUACAUGUAUCCUGCACGUGCUAGAGCCGACGCAUGUCGGGCUUCCCUCACUGACUAUCGCACUUGUCACGGACCGAGGUUGCAUUGCAGAGUGAAGUCAGAUUACGAGCCAGAAGCGGCAGAAACGACGGGUCCAUGUGCAAUGUCGGCGUGGUGCGAGUGGUCCCCGUGCGUGGGCUGCGGUGUGCGCGCGCGUACCCGGCACUACCUGGUACCGCGCGCGCACAAGCGCUGCAGCGUCGGCUUUCGCGCCCGCGCUGUUAUGAGCCAGGCCAUGCCGUGCGAAGCGGGACCUUGUUUCAAACCUACUGGAGAUUUAGCGAAUGCUACAAACUACGAUUGGUUUUUUGUAGAUAAUCCGCGAUCUGAUUGUCCCAUAACCGCAUGGGGUGGAUGGUCACCGUGUUCGGCGCGUUGCGGGCGCGGACGUAGAAUUCGCACACGUCUCUAUGUAUCUCGUGACUCGCGGGUGCAGAAACAACUAACGAAAAGGCUACUACAAGAUUGGAAUAUUCGAUUCGCCGAAUUACAGAACAUUGAGCUCCCGUUUGAGAAUAUAACAAGUGAUGAUCCAAAAGUAGACUCACUGGUGCAGGAACAUUUAGAUCGUUGUCAGUUCACAAUGACUCAACAAGAAGCGCUCUGCGACGGAGAAGACAGUACCUGCGAGAAUGAGACCAUUUCAGAAGACGUGUGCAAGUUGCCUGUAUCGGUGGGUCCGUGUCGGGGCUACGAAGAGCGCUGGUUUUAUGAAGCGUCUCGUGGUGCGUGCGAACCAUUUGGUUAUACAGGGUGUGGAGGAAAUGCUAAUAAUUUUAAAAGCAGAGAGAAUUGUCAAAGGGCUUGUGUAAUCCAAAACGAAACCACAGUAACGUCAUCACUUUUGGAAACGAUUACGAAGAGAGUGAAAGCAACUCCUUCAACUGAAGACAACGAAGUGAUGCUGAAUGAUUCUCCAGCUGUAUCCAGCAGAACUAUUCUGCAACAUCAAACUCGAAACUCAACACCGAACUUGUAGAUGAAUAUCGUCUAAU